AAAAAAAAGAAUUAUGCGAGUGGAAAAGGAAUAAUCCAUCAUAUAAUCAAGAAGAUCUUUCUAAUAAAUUUAAUAUAUCAGUAUCACAAGUUUGUAGAAUAUUAAAAGAAAAGGAUAAAUGGCUGUCUAUUGAUGUUUCAAAUAAAAAAUUUAGUAAUCAAAAAUGGGAUAGAGGGGCUAAGUUUCCAGAAAUUGAAUCCGCAUUAUACUUGUGG